AUGGCUCUAGAGAAGGUUACAGCACUACCUUCUGGGCUCAAACCAGGCCCGCCUUACCCAGACUGGCUAAACAGGGCAGACAAUGCAUGGGAGCUAACUGCAGCAGCCAUGGUGGGACUCCAAAGUGUUCCGGGGCUUGUGAUUUUGUAUGGCAGUAUGGUGAAGAAAAAAUGGGCUGUGAAUUCUGCUUUCAUGGCUCUUUACGCCUUUGCUUCUGUCUUGAUUUGUUGGGUGCUUUGGGGCCAUCGCAUGUCUUUUGGGACCGAUAUGACUGCCAUAUUAGCCAAGCCAAAUGAGGCCAUGUCCCAAAAGUAUCUGCUCGGCCAAUACAAAGAAUAUUUCCUGCCUAAUGCUGACUAUGUUUUGUACCAAUUUGCUUUUGCUGCAAUUACUGUUAUAUUGCUGGCAGGUUCAUUGCUUGGCAGGAUGAAUUUCUAUGCCUGGAUGUUGUUUGUCCCGCUAUGGUUAACGUUGUCUUAUACAGUUGGGGUUCAUACAAUCUGGGGCUCUGGAUUUCUUGAAACUCGCGGCAUUAUUGACUUCUCUGGUGGUUAUGUUAUUCAUCUUUCUUCUGGUGUUGCUGGCUUUACUGCAGCUUAUUGGGUAGGACCGAGGCUUUCACACGAUAGGCAACAUUUUCCACCAAACAACAAAAUUCACAUGCUGGGAGGUGCAGGGUUCUUGUGGAUGGGAUGGAGUGGUUUCAAUGGUGGAUCACCGAUAUCAGCUGGUCUUAUUACAUCACUUGCUUUGCUAAAUACCCAUCUCUGCACUGCUACCAGUGUCUUGGUAUGGCUUUCAAUGGACCUGAUUUACUAUAAGAAGAGCUCGGUCAUUGGGGCUGUUCAGGGAAUGAUCACUGGACUUGUAUGCAUCACCCCUGCAGCAGGAAUUGUGGACACAUGGGCAGCAAUGCUAAUGGGGGUCAUGUCUGGCUCAAUACCAUGGUACACUAUGAUGAUUUUGCACAAGAAAUUAGCAUUUUUCCAGAAGGUUGAUGAUACUUUAGGCGUUUUUCACACUCAUGCCGUGGCUGGUAUCCUUGGAGGACUUCUUUCAGGCAUCUUUGCAAAGCCGAAUCUACUAAGGGACUUCUACGGCUCUGGUACAAUCAGUUAUGGUCCAGGAUUUUUGUACGGUUUAAUUGAGGGGAAGAAGCUAGAAGGUUUUUAUCAAUUGCUCUAUCAGCUUGCAGGGGCAGCUUUCAUAACUGUCUGGAAUGCAGUAGUUACUAGUUUGAUCUGCAUUUUAGUUAGUCGGGUUGUAGCUCUCAGAAUGGAUGAAGAGGACCUCGAGGUAGGAGAUGAUGCAGUACACGGAGAAGAAGCGUAUGCUUUGUGGGGAGAUGGAGAGAGGCAUCCUCCCCCCCUGAGGUUCAACAUGACCCCAAAAAUCCCUUCAUUUUGUCGAAGGCACUAA